AUGGGUAGCAUAGCAGCAAAUCCUUUUCAAGAUGUCCCAGCGGGCCGAACAGAGGGCCUCGAAGCCCUCAUUACUCAGUUCCGAGCGGAUACCGAUCCCAACAGAACUGAUCUCCUAGUGGGCGUGUAUAAAACCGAUGAAGGGAAAGCCUACGUGCUACCAACUGUGAAAGAGGCAAAGAACAGAAUAUUCAAUGAUCCUGAUUGGCAUCACGAGUAUCGCCCUUCUGCUAUAGGUUCCCAGCUUUAUAGGGACUUGGGCGCCAAGUUGCUUUUUGGGCCAGAUCAUCGUCUUUUGCGGGAAAACAGGAUAGUUUCAACGCAGACACUCGGCGCAUGUGGCGGAUGCCAUGUUGGCGCAGUUAUGUUGAAAAAUCAUUAUGGACCGUGGAAGGAAAACGGGAACCCAGAGAUUUUCCUUCCCAGCGAGACUUGGUUGAAUCACCCUUUCUUAUUCGAGUCUGCGGGAAUUAACCCCAAAUUUCUGCCUUAUUUUAGCAGCAAGACAAACGCAUUUGAUUUUGUGAGCUUUUCAGAGGCUAUCAAAUCGCUGCCAGCUCAAUCAGUCGUUCUUCUUCAGUCUGGAGCCCAGAACCCAACUGGAUGUGAUCCAUCGCCAGACCAGUGGCGAGAGCUAGCCUCGAUCUUCUCCCAGCGCGGUCAUUUGGCAUUCUUCGAUGCUGCAUAUCCUGGUUUUGCCUCGGGAGACAUUGACACGGACCUUGAAGGCGUUCGUUUGUUUGCCGAGCAAGAAAUCCCGCUUGUUUUUGUCUCAACAUACGGGAAAUCCUUUGGGCUUUACAGCGAACGUGUUGGAAUUCUUUCUAUUCUUGCUCCAAGCGAGGAAGUGGGAAAAAGGCUAGAAAGUCAUUUGAAACUACUCGCACGAGCGGAGUCUGGCGCGCCGCCCGAUUUCGGGGCCAGGAUUAUUGAAACAGUUCUAUCAGAUGAUAUCUUGGAGCGCCAAUGGCGGCAGGAAGUGCGUCACAUGGCGGACCAACUCAAGAGUCGUCGAAUUGCACUCAGGGAAGAACUUGAAAAAUUAGAAACACCAGGUGACUGGCGGCACAUCACUGAUCAGAGCGGGAUGUUCUCAUAUGUUGGACUCUCUGUGGAACAGGUCGCUCUGCUCCGGAACAAGCACCAUGUUUAUCUUCAGGACUCUGGGAGAAUCUCUAUUGCUGGGCUCAACAAAUUCAAUAUCGAUUACACUGCUCGCAGUAUCAGCGCUGUUGUCAAAGCUACAACACCUCAGUGA